AUGGCCACUGACAGCUGCCAACCUCAACCUGGCCGUAAGAGGAAAACGAAGACAAGUGGUGACAUAAAAAGUAAGGACGGUACACCAGAUGAGUCCCAAGGUCAGGUGGAAAUUGAAAAUCUCACUGCUUCAGGCCACAAGGCUUUACAAAAGGGUGACUGUGCAGAAGCUCUUGACUGCUUCAAGAAGGCGUUCAAGGGUGCCACAAAGCUGAAGAAGACCAAAGUGCAGCAAGCAUGUGCCCUUAACUUAGGCGCCGCUUACGUGGAGGCAGGUAAGCCCCAGAAGGGUCUUGACUUCCUCUCUCGUGCCCAACCUGGUGAAAGGGGUGAGCGGAUGGCGGACCUCCAGUUUAAUCUGGCUGUAGCUCACGAGGCUUUAGAAGAUUAUACAUCGGCAGCAAAACAUUACCUCCAAGCAGCUCAACUCUACCGCUCCCAGGGCGAUGGCUGUAGUGAAGGCGACACUUGUAUGAAACUGGCACGGUGCUACCUCAGAGCAAAGGACUGGGUACAGGCAGUGGAGAGUUUCCAGCGUGCCGGUGACAGCUACAGGGUAGCAGGCAGACUGGACUCUGCUGCAGUGGCCCUGAAAGAGACUGGCACUAACAUGCUCCACUGUGACCGUUUUUCUGCUGAUGAUAUCAUAACCGUGUUCACAGACUGCCUUGAACUGAGCGUCAGUAUCACAGAUAAAGAAAUGCUUGGUAAACUGUAUAACGAUGUAGGCUUGAGCUUCUCCCAGCUAAAGCUUUUCACCGAAGCUGCGGAGUGUUACGAGCAGGCUUUGCCCUUGGUCAGCACCAAACCACACAGGCUGGCUGUGGUCCUGCAGAACUUGGGCGCAGUCCACAACACACUAGGUCAAUACCGGCAAGCCCUGGACUACCACAGAGAGGCUGCUAGUUUGCAUGGAUCGCUGGGAAGCCGCCGAGCUCAAGGCCGCUGUUUCAGUAACCUUGGUUACGCUCUCAGUCAGCUGGGUGAACUGGAAGAAGCAGGAGAGAGCUACCUUCAUGCCCAGCAGGCCUUCAAAGACACAGAUGACCACAUGGGUCAUUGGCAGGUAUGUGAGGGUUUGGGGGAGAUCAGAUUACAACUGAGGGACCCAGACAAGGCCACAUUCUACUUUAAACAAGCUCUGGCACUGUUGUCCAAGUGCAAGGAUUCUCCUGUCUCAGCUCAAGAACGACUUGUAAGUAAGCUGAGUGAGGCUCUGCAGUACAAGCUGUCCCUUCAUCAGGUAAAGCUUCGCCGUAACCUUUCACCUCUCAUUCCUAAAUCCGCUCUACAGAGAAGUCCCAUUCGACAUCGAAUGACUCAGGAGCGGCAUCCCCAGAGACAGCAAUUACGACUGGUAGAUAUGAAAAGUUCUGAGAACCAGUUUGGUCAGCAGCCCAGGAAAGAACUUUUGAACGGCCACGUGAGGGAGGAUGCCUCCCAAGAAAGGGGUGAGGAGCAAAGAGAAUUUCCAGGGACAUAUAGACAAAACAACCCCCACCCUGAUCAAGUGAUGUCAUCAGCUCAGAUGAUGUCAGACUCAUGUCCAAAAGGACCGCACUUAGAGCAUCCAGACUAUCUGUCUGUGCUUCCUGAAGCCAACAGGAACUUGAAUAAUACCUAUGAAAAACCUGACAUGCAUUACCAAAGUCCCCAUGACUCCUCAGGAAUCCCUCAGGAAGAUAACCGUCUGCCUGAGAUGAUAACAGAGAAGACAAUGGAGAUGAACAGGUGA